AUGGCGAGCAUCCAAAUCACCGAUGAUCUCUUGCGGGAUAUCAAGGAUAAGGUAGUUCUAAUUACCGGCGGCGCAUCAGGAAUCGGAAAAGCGACAGCAGAGCUAUGUCUCCAGAACGGCGCGAAAGUGAUCAUUGGCGACCUGAGCCCACUGCCAACUGAACUCGAAAACGCAGAGAACCUCAAAUUCAUCCAAUUGGACGUCACUUCAUGGGAAAGCCAGCGCGCCGCAUUCAUUCAGAUCGAAGAAUGGUUCGGCCGAAUCGACCACGUUUUUGCCAACGCAGGCGUGGGGCCAAUGAGCGAUUUCCUCGAAGAUGACCUUGACGAGAACGGGCUGUUAGCCCCUCCCAAUCUGCGGACGGUCAAUAUCAAUCUUUUGGGGGUUAUUUCCACAGUUCGCUUAGCUGCGCACUAUAUCCAGAAACACGCGACCCACCGCGCGCCUGGUGAAUUGGGCAGUAUCGUGGUCACCGCGUCUGCGUCUUCAUUCCAGAACUUCAGUGCGGGCGAUUAUACGAUCACGAAACAUGGCGUUCUGGGGUUGAUUCGUGGAAUGGGAUAUCAGCUUGAAGGGAAGGUCCGGUUGAAUGCUGUUUCGCCUUCUUGGACUGCGACGGGAAUGGUGCCUACGCCCUUUAUCGAGUCUCUUGGUGUUGGUGUUCAACAGCCAGAGACUGUGGCUCGAAGUGUCGCACUCCUUUUCAGUGAUCAGCAGCGUCAUGGAGAUGUGAUCUAUAGUUGGGAUGGGAAGUUUCUGGAGGUUAACAAGGCAGAGAACGGACUGUUGGCGGCUGCGGAUGCAAUUCUUGUGAAUUCGGCCAAUGAGGAAACUGCGAUGAGAAAACUGAGAGAGGCGAGCGCACAGGGCCUGUUCUAG